GCGCGCGCAUCACUUAUGGCAGCUGAAAGUUGUAAGUAGCUAUCCCUUACUUUUCUGGAAGAGUAAUCAUUGUCGUUGUGAGUCGUAGCCGCUGUCAAUUUGUAAUCAGAAAACUAAGUGCUGUCUUUGAGCUUGAUAAAAAUCGAGCUCGAUUAUCUUUUUUUUAAGAGUAGUAGCUCAACCGACAAAACGAAGCUCAAAAUGCCGUUGAUUCAAUUCUUUUAGAGUAAUCAUGCUGCUCUCACACCAUUGGAAGAUAUGUCUGCAGGAAGAGGGCAGGCAGGUGGAGGGCCUCCUCAAAAUUGUCAAAAAGUUUUUAUACAACGUGACUACAGUGAAGGUACAAUGGUCAAGUUUCAAACACGGUUUCCAACUGAACUAGAAAGUAGACUGGACAGACAGUUAUUCGAGUAUACAAUUAAUCAGUUAAACAACUACUUUGUGGAGGCAGAGCGUGCCACAUGUUCGACCUAUUGUGAAAGCUGUCUGUAUUGUCUCACGGGUUACUUAAUAAGUAUAUGCACUGAGACUCAUUAUGAGAAGUGUCUACGCAAAGUUGCAAAGUUUGUUAGUGAACAGAAUGAUCGAGUGUAUAGGCCACGCGGUCUUCUGCUGACAGACCCAACAACUCGCGGGCUCAGGCUAAUAGAGAUCUCGGUACUGGAUAGACCUGCGUCGUGACUGCAUAUUAGCCGAUCCAGGGAGUUCUUCAUGUGAUCCCCCGUGCAACACUGUGAGCAUUAUUUUGCCAAAUGGCGGAUAUGUACGCGCUUGCAAGUGCCAGUCGGCAUAGAGGGUUGGUUUGAGUCUGUUGUGUGGUAAAUCCACAAAAAUUUAAGAGGAAUUGUUCAUUCAAUGACGUCAUCUUAUAGACCGCACAGAAAUAUCUUGCAUGAUUAGUAUCUUGUCGAAUGCAAUGAGAUGGAACUCUCUUGCCGUCCGGUCGAGCCUCGUACUUAGUUCUUAAUGUUAAAAUGUAGAUUGAUAUACCGGACAGAUCUGUAGUACGUGUGCGAAAACCGGAAGAAAAUAGCGACACAUUGCGAAAAUGUGAUUCAUAAUUGAUUCAUGGAAAUGCUAUUGUAGAUUUAACUAUCAAUCUAAUUAUAUUAACAAGCUUAUACAGGGUUGGCCUAAUUGUGUAGCAAGAGAGUUCCGCAUUUACUAGCAUUCACGAUGUCUCGAUUUUAAAAUGGUAACUUCUAUAUUUUCGAGAGAUUUGCGUAUACAUUGAAGCGCGUGGAUAUGUAACGAAGCCCCACGUGGCACUUCUCUAUUAGUUUUUCUUAAAUUAGUACUUUUCUACAUGUGUGUAUGCAAAGCAUAAGAUAUGAAAAAAAGUAUAUAAAUACAGAGGAAAAACAUAACUUCGUCGUUUGCAUUUUUUACGUGUAAACGACGCAAGUUUUAUGUGAGCCGCCGAAGUGAUUCACCAUGUGUAUAACAGGAUCUACAUAUUUUUUUACCGUUUAAUUAUGACUUUAUCAUGCCAUUUGCAUUUAAUUAACGAGAUGUGGAUGAAAUGCCUGCGUGAAUUAUUUAUAUCUGAAAAAAAUGGAAUUUUAAAUUGGUCUUCUUGACACAUGUAAAUUUCAUUAGAAAAUUGAAGUAAAAGUUUCAAUUUUAAGAAGUUUCAUUUUCUAUGUAAAAAGUAAAUCUGAGAUUUUUUUUUUUAUCUUCCGUGAUAAAGUAUCUUCCAUUAUGUGUAUCCUCGUGUAUAAAGCACGAAUCUUUUCGAAUACGUAUGCACACCAAGUGCAAUAUUUUAUUUAUCGCGCGGACAUAUGUCUUGAUUACAAAAAAAAAGUAGAAAUUAUCGAAAUUGCUGUUACAAACAUUCGUUGUGCUAUAAAGAAACUCAUGGAUUGGCUAAAGAAAUUUAUAUAAAAGAGUGAUACAAAAAAGCAAAUUACGUACAAUUUUUCGGCAUUGUGAUCAAGAAUAUGCCAGAAAUUAUUUACUAUGCAUUUUGCGAUGCAAAACAAUGUACAAACAUUUUGUAUCAUUUUAGUCAAAUCUCUCUCUAGUAGUGAAUUUUUCCCAUGUUAAAGUUUUUAUUUCCGUUAAUUAGUUUGUAAAAUAUGUGAUCUCAUGCGAUACAACAAAAUACUCCAUGCUAUUUUUUACUUUUUUUAUAUAAUUUGCAAGCCUGAAAUAUACUAAUACGCAAUAAAUGUUCGCAGGAAGAAAUGCGGCAUUUGUUUUGCGCAGAUAGAUUGGUGUCGCAUUGGCUAAACUGGACAUCAAACGAGCACUUAUUCAUUUCUGCUAUGUAAUUCUGGUGCAAUAUUAUUAUAAUUUACCAGACAAAUUGCAAAUAUGUUUUUAUACAAGAAUAUUUCAAAACUAUCAGAAAAUAUUUUAAUGGCAUUCUUGCUUUAAUUGCAAGAAAAAGUCUUAAUACUAAAAUUAUGAAAGAUUUUAUUAUUUUUAUAAAUUAGAAAAAAGAUUAAGUUUGCAGCCGCAAAUAAAACAAUUCAUAUUAAAAUGAAAGAAUCAAAUCGCUAAUUAAUUUUGAUGUUUUACGUAGUGUUUAUUUUGUUGUAUUUAAUUUUUUAUUUACUUACCAAAAAAAACAUAAAACUAAACGAUAAAGACUGAUUCAGUUCGAUUGAUUGAUUUCAGUCAGUGACAUCGAAAUCUAAAUUCAGCAAAGUUUUAUUGGCCACAUUUUUUUAUUUAUCUCAUUUACUCGCGGCAUCGCAUACAAUGGCGACAAUCUAUUUUGUUCUUGGUCACAAUGUAUGCAGAGUCUAUUUGACGUUGUAAUGCGACGUAUUACUUAAACAAACAAUCUUGCCAAAUAACUACGUCACUGCCUCGGGGUACGAUUUCCUGGCAUAUAUACAUUAAUGCAUCAAGGAAACUUCGUACGAAAGAUCGAAGAUAAAUCUCUAGAGACUGGAAGACAUUUUGAUUUCCAGAAUUGGACAAAAGAAUUUCAUUCCGGUAACGAGAAACAAUUAAAAGGAAGUCUCCCGGGAAAUUCAAAGAUUUUUGUUGCCCAAUUCAUUUAAGACGUCGCAAUAUUACGUACAUAGAGCUUUGAUUGCAUGCGAAACGCGUAUGUUUGCAUAUAAUGUACAUAGCGGAUUAAUCGUCAAUUUAGCAUAAAAUAUAACAAUUGAAACAAAAAUCCGUUUGUCACAUUUAAUUUAAUUUAGUAGGACCAAUAUUGGAUUAAUGAUCCGCAACUGUAAACGAUAUUAUCGUUUGAGUGUUAUUUCUAAAUGUUUUAAUAAUAAAAAACAAAAAAAUAGCA